GUGUAGUUAGUCAGUAUGGUUAGGAGCCGGAACGAGAAGACGCACAAGGGAAGACAGUCGUGGUGUGUAUAUUUUUUUCAGAAAAUAGGAGGCUGUUUCACUAAAUAUUGUUGAAAGAAAAAGUGUGGCGCAAGGAUUACGCGUUGCUGCCUGAAAAUUCCGUCUGUAUUAUCGAGUCGAAAUGGACUUUAUUUGAUUGCUCCGGAGGCGCGUUUCCUAAAGGUACACUGGGAGUGAAUUUCAGUGGUGGCAAGAUUAUCAGAUGGCGCUUCUAUCAUUGAUUGGCAUUGGAUAUUGAUGAGGUAGCUAACAUUUCCCGUGUGAUCUACUUGCGUUGGAGGAGCUUCCAUGGCGACCAUGACGCACAACUGCCCUCUUUACAUCAGCGUUCUGUGCCUGCUCCUCUUGAUGCGCGCACAACCGGUGCGCGCUGCCUCCAAGGCCAUCGUGUGUGAACCCAUCACGGUCCCCAUGUGCAAGGGCAUCGGCUACAACCUCACCUACACUCCCAACCAGUUUAACCACGACACUCAGGACGAGGUGGGGCUGGAGGUGCACCAGUUCUGGCCACUGGUGCGCAUCCACUGUUCCCCUGACCUGCUCUUCUUCCUCUGCAGCAUGUACACCCCUAUCUGCAUCCCGGACUAUCGCAAGCCUCUGCCCCCGUGCCGCUCCGUGUGCGACCGGGCCAAGCGCGGCUGCUCCCCCCUGAUGAGCCAGUAUGGUUUUGAAUGGCCCGAGAGGAUGAGCUGCGAGGGGCUGCCAGAGCUGGGUGAUGCUGACCGCCUCUGUAUGGAUCGGAACAGCAGUGACGCCACAACUCUGUCCCCAGGCCCGGCCUUCCCCCCAAAGCCUACCUCCAAGGCCCCCCACCGCAACCCAGCCCGCCGCAGGCCGCCUCUCCCGCCCAAACCCUACCACAGUCACCACCACCAGGACUGUGAACAACGCGGCUGCCGCUGUCGUCACCCCCUGGUGUCCGUCAAGACUGAAGCCCGGUCACCGUACGGCCGCGGCAUCCACACAGGCCCCGUGGAGAACUGCGCCCAGCCCUGCCGUCAGCCCUUCUUCACCCCGGACGAACACGCCUUCACCUCCCUCUGGAUCGGCCUGUGGUCGGUCCUCUGCUUCGUCUCGACCUUAACUACGGUGGUCACGUUCCUGAUUGACCGCGACCGCUUCUCCUACCCCGAGAUGCCUAUCGUCUACCUGGCUGCCUGCUACCUCUUCAUCUCCCUGGGAUACAUGGUGCGGCUGGCGGCGGGCCAUGAGCGUGUGGCGUGCUCCGAGGACGGCGGGCACGUGCUGUACGACGCUUCGGGCCCUGCCGGCCUGUGCACCUUGGUGUUCCUGCUGGUCUACUUCUUUGGCAUGGCCGGCGCAAUCUGGUGGGUGGUGCUCUCGCUCACCUGGUUCCUGGCAGCGGGCAUGAAGUGGGGCAAUGAGGCCAUCGCCGGGUACUCGCAGUACUUCCACCUGGCCGCCUGGCUGGUGCCCAGCAUCAAGACCAUCGCUGUGCUGGCCCUGAGCGCUGCAGACGGAGACCCUGUGGCAGGGAUAUGCUACGUGGGCAACCAGAGUGUGGAGAGCCUGCGGGGCUUUGUGCUUGCGCCCCUGGUGGUCUACCUCUUCACAGGCUCCCUCUUCCUCCUAGCGGGGUUUGUAUCGUUGUUCCGCAUCCGCAGCGUCAUCAAGCAGGGGGGGACCAAGACGGACAAGCUGGAGAAGCUGAUGUUAAGGCUGGGCCUCUUUACUGUCCUCUACACGGUCCCUGCCGCGGUGGUGGUGGCCUGUCUGGUGUACGAGCAGCACCUCAGGCCCCAGUGGGACAGGGGCCUUUCCUGCUCCUGCCAGGCUGAGAGAGAGAGGCUAGGCCUAGGGCCAGACCACGCCAUCUUCAUGCUGAAGUACUUUAUGAGCCUGGUGGUGGGGAUCACCUCAGGGAUGUGGGUGUGGUCUGGGAAGACUCUGGAGUCGUGGAGGAGGUUCCUGGGGAGGUGCUGUUGUUCAUGUCCCUGCUGGGGCCACAAACCGUCCAGCGCGUCAGUGUACAGCGAGGCCAGCACAUCCCUUACGACACGCACCGGGCUGCUCCCCUCGCAGUCUGAGCACAAGUCCCUGUCGCACCCAUCUGUGUGACCAGACUGGCUGGACUCUUGUCAGACUCAUGGUGCUCCACAUAGUGGCUGUCAGAAGAAACUAAAUGGAUGCUAAUUUAACUUAUUGAACGGAUUGUAAAUUAUGUAAACUAUUGUCUUCACAUAAGGACAUGUUUAAACAAAUUGUGGAAGUAUAGAAAAAAGUAUUUUGUAUUAUAUUUCCUAGUUCUCAUUCUAGACUCAUUGCAGGGGAUUUUCCCUGAAGUUUUUAAUUAUCUGGAGGGGGAAAAAAGUACACUUCAAUGUCUCUAGGAUUUUUAAAUGACAUGUUUUGCUAGUAUGUCCUUAACCAGAAACGAAAUGGUCAGGAAUCCAAUCAACAGUUAUGUCAUUAACCUGGAGAUAACUGAGUGGCAUGGUAUUCUUCUAUACGUAAUAAAGAUGGAGAAUUACUAUUUGUCAUUUUAUUUAAAGUAGCCAUCCUAAAAGGACAUUUCACUCCGGAAAUGUUUAUGGACACAGUAAUGCCUUGUUAGGAUGAAGAAAUUUCACUACCCGUUUAUGCGUAUGUGCAGAAUUUAACAUGAAGUCUGUUUAAAAAAAACAACAGAUUGUCUUAAUCUGUAUCGGAUGAAUUGAGAGAAAUGUCACCACUUAAUGUCUUUGUUUCACUCUUCCUGUUAAAUUGAUAUCCCAAGCAUACACAAGGGGUGAAAAUGAGGAAAAUAGUGUUUUAACUUUAAGGCAUUCAAGGAGUUGGUCUGAUUGGAAUCCAUAAUGUCAUCGUUCUCCCCCUUGCUUGAGGAGCAAUACAGAUCCCCCACACUUGUGCCAUGUCAUUACUUACCUGGACCACCUAUUGAGACAUGCCUUUAAAUCAGGUGAAAGGAGACUGGAGUUCCUCUAAAAGGUGCAACUUCCCACUUUUGAGACCAGUUGUAGCCUCUUCUGCCUCCAUGUGGUGGGUUCUAGUAAUUACAGCAGCACAAUCUUGUUUCUCUCUGCAAAUGUGUUAACCAUAAUCUACCUCUUCGUAAAACUACACUGGGAUUUCAUUUUCUCCACUACUUCAACGGUUGUAUUAUCGUCCCAUUUAUCAAGUGGCCUUUAAAGUCUUAUACCUAAUGGAUCAGUCUACAUGCGGUUCUCCUUCAAAAAAAUGACCUUGUCUAAUUCUGGCAUGUUAAACUACGUAGCCUGUAACCCAGGUAGAGAAUAAAAGCCUGUUGGAACAUG